AUUUGCUACGUCAACGUACACCGAUGUUUCAUGUCAUUUUAAACGGAGGACCCUACAUAUUUUACAUUUUUGUCUGGUGCCGUGUAUUUACCAUCGAAGACACGGAAGUGCCGGCGGAAACACGUGUUUCUUGUUCUGGGAUCUUAUUGGCUGCUUUCGGCUCGUUUUGAAAAAGGUCCGUCUGAAAUCAGGCGGAGGGAAGAUUCAAAUUUAGAGGAACAGAGACGGUCAAACUAAAGCAAAUUGCUCUUCACAAUGAACCGACAAGCGAAGUGUAAAACACCCCGACGGCCUCCUCCUAAAAAGCCUCCUAACAGCCAGAAAGACCCAGUUGGGGUGUAUCUACGUGUGCGGCCUCUGGUUGCGGAGGACGAGGAGUGCUGCAUUGAGGUGAUCAGCAGCACCACCGUCCAGCUGCAUGCACCUGAGGGCCUGAAAGUAAACCGCAAUGGGGAAUAUAGAGAGACACAAUACUCCUUCAAAAAAGUAUUUGGAGUUUCUAUAUCGCAGAUGGAGCUCUUUGAGCACGUUGCCAAACCUCUUGUUGUUGACCUCAUUAAUGGAAAGAACGGUCUGCUCUUCACAUACGGUGUCACAGGAAGUGGGAAGACUUUCACCAUGACUGGCUCUCCAGGUCAGGGCGGUUUGCUGCCACGCUCCCUCGACAUGAUUUUCAACAGCGUCGGCCCCUUUCAGGCCAAAAAAUAUGUUUUUAAGACUGAUGAUAAAAACGGUAUGGAGAUUCAAUGUGAAGUUGAUGCUUUGUUGGAGCGUCAGAGACGGGAAAACAGUUUGAUUGUUCCUAAAACUCCCUCCUCCAGACAUCCUACCUUUAGAGAUCCUGAAAUUGGCGACAUGCUCAAACCAGAGGAGGCUUUUAAAGCAGACGGUGUGGAUGAAGACAGCAGCUACAGUGUCUUUGUCUCCUAUAUUGAAAUCUAUAACAACUACAUCUAUGACCUCUUGGAGGAAACGCAGGAAGACGCAAUAAAACCAAAGUGGAAUGGUGGAGGCACACCUGUGCGCCAGAACACUGAGUUCAUAGCGCCUCAAUCGAAAAUCCUUAGAGAAGAUCAGAAUCACAACAUGUACGUGGCUGGGUGUAUGGAGGUUGAAGUCAAAUCUGCUGAGGAAGCGUUUCAGGUGUUCUGGAGAGGUCAAAAGAAGAGAAAGGUUGCAAACACUCGACUGAACAGAGAGUCGAGCCGAUCACACAGUGUGUUUAUCAUCAAGCUAGCGCAGGCACCUCUGGAUGCAGAUGGUGACAACAUUCUCCAGGACAAAAACCAGGUGAGUGUCAGUCAGCUGUGUCUGGUUGACCUGGCAGGAAGCGAGCGCACUGGUAGAACGGGAGCUGAAGGCACACGGAUACGUGAAGCAGGAAACAUCAAUCAGUCUCUUCUUAAUCUGCGGACGUGCAUCGAAAUACUUCGGGAGAACCAAAUGUGCGGCACUAACAAGAUGGUGCCUUACAGAGACUCCAAGGUCACCCACCUGUUUAAAAACUACUUUGACGGAGAAGGAAAAGUCCGAAUGGUCGUCUGCGUCAACCCCAAGGCAGAUGAUUAUGAGGAAACGCUGCUGGUGAUGCGGUUUGCGGAGAUGACCCAGGAGGUGGAGGUGGCUCGUCCAGUGGAUAGGCCCAUCUGUGGCUUCACUCCAGGACGCCGCAAUCGAAACCAGGCGUUUAAAGAGGAGCUGUCUCACAGGUUGGAGGAGCGUGGUGGUCCAAUAGACCGAGAUGGGUUCUCUCCUGUAAACGGCAUUGUGCUGAGCCUGCCGCCUCUGCCCUCCUGUGAACUCACUGACCCGAACGAUGAGAUCACUCUGCCCCGGCUGAUUGAAGCGUUGCAGAACAGACAGAGGAUCCGGCAGAUGAUGAUUGAAGAAUACAACAGAGCAGCCAUCAUGAUGAAGUCUAUGCUCCAAGAACUGGACUCCAAUCUCAUUUCCAAAGAGAAUUUAAUCCACGAACACAAUGGCAGACUUGUAGAGAAAGACAAAGUGAUCCACAGUAACAAGACUGAGAUCGAACGAUUAGAGAAGAAGAACAAAAUGCAAGAACACAAGAUCGACAUCUUACAGAAAACAACUAAAAUCUAUGAGGAUGAUAAGCGUUCCCUGCAGCAGGAGCUGGAAACCAGAGCGCAUAGGAUGCAGAGAGAGCUUUCUGAGAAGAGACGCAUGGAGCAGCGCAUGCAGGGCAUGGUCUCAGACACGCAGCAUAAGUGGGAGAAAGAAUGUGAGAGGCGUGUGAAUGCAAUGCAGCUUGAGAUGCAGAACAAGCUCUGGGUAAAAGAUGAGAAACUGAAACAACUCAAGGCUAUAGUAACAGAGAGCAAGACUCCUGGUCGACCGGAUCCUCCACCGCGUCAGCCUCAGCGGCCCUCCAGGGAGGAGCGGCCCCCAACAAAGAGAUCAGCAUCACCGUCGCCUCUUCCUAGCCCUGUUGAGUCUCCUCAGGUCAGUCCAGUGCCAGGGUCACCUACAGUCAGAGCCAUUAGAGUUGAGGAAGUUGAGAUGAACCCAAGACCCACAUGCCCUCUUCCCAGCAGCCGUUGUUCCUUAUCAGUGGCCAAUUCUGUGUCCUCAUUGGAGCAGGGGGCAGCUCCAGACAACAGGCAGGGUUUAAGGUCCUCUAGGACCCCCAAAAGAAUCCAGUCUCCUGUCGGGUCUUCAGCCCGUCGACCCAGGAGAGGAGGAGAGUGCUGUAGUAGACAGGAAGGAGCCUGUCUCCCCUCCCCCAUUUUUGUCUUUGACUUGAUAGACGAGAGAAGCAACAGGACGACAACACCGGUGCGUCCUCUCCACCGUCGUUCCCGUUCUGCUGGCGCUGAGAAAUGGGUAGACCACAAGCCGUCCUCCAGCCUCGACUUGGGGACAGUCCUGCAGCCCGUCAUCCCCAACGCCAUUCAGGUGUCCACACCCAACGAGAAGGCCCUUUCCAAGUGCGACAGAUACGUGUUGACACAUCAGGAGGUCGCCUCCGACGGCGAGAUACAGACCAAACUUAUUAAGGGGGAGGUGAUUAAAACCAGAGGAGGAGGCCAAGCUGUUCAGUUCACCGACAUCGAGACGCUUAAACAGGAACUCGCCACCGUCCAAAGUCGAAAAAGGAAAUCUUCAGAAGGCAGAAGUGGAGAUCAAACAGAUGGUCCUUGGACUGAUGUGGAGACACGGUGCUCUGUGGCCUUGGAGAUGAAGGCCGGAUCAAACAUGGGACCUGGAUUUGAGCAUCACGGGAUCACAAAGCGCAGAAAACCCUGAAAGCUAAUGGUAGCUUCAACAGUUAUACAGUUACUCCCCUCUCCUGUCCUCACCUGGCUGCUGUGCAAUAAUCCGAACUUGUUUUAUAUUUAACCUUUUUUUUUUUUUCCACGCUUUUUAUAUAUGCAAAGGAUUUAUAGAUAUGGGUCACCAAAGUGUUUUUAACAUGGUUUUGUUCUGAAAGUCACUUGUGGCAAAUGUUGACUGUGUUCACGGUGAUGUUGGUCUACCACUCACUUUGUCUAAAUGAUCACAUUUAUUUCAUUCUGGAUUUACUCAGGAAUAAAAUUCCUUUUGAAGCAUC